CUAGCGACUAACAGUGUUGCUGCAGAUCCAUCACUCAUUCAGCCGACAUUCUCGCCGACACAGUACUCCGGCGCUCAAUUUCCAGAGAUUCCCGCCAUUCAAUCGCCUCAACACACACAGUAUCCGCAACCACCAUCUCCGAUGCCGUCAAAGCAGUCGAUGCCCAGUCCCCGGAACUCCAGCGGAAAAGCACCAUCACCGUACAUGCGCACGCAACACUGGCAACCAUACCCAUCUAUGCCCUCCUCACGACGACAAUCAAAUGCCUCUGUUCACUCUCGUCAAAGCCAUGCUUCCGUCUCGUCGUCCGACGACUCGAACAAAGGACCCUGCCCUAUCCCAACGUGUGGCAGACACGUCAAGGACUUGAAGGCGCAUAUGCUCACGCAUCAGAACGAGCGACCGGAGAAGUGCCCGAUUCCGAUGUGCGAGUACCACACCAGGGGUUUCGCGCGCAAGUACGACAAAAACAGGCACACCUUAACCCACUACAAAGGCACCAUGGUGUGCGGUUUCUGUCCCGGAAGCGGCAGCUCGGCGGAGAAGAGCUUCAACCGCGCCGACGUCUUCAAGCGCCAUCUGACCUCCGUCCACGGCGUCGAGCAGACCCCACCGAACGCGCGCAAGAAGAGUCCGACCAGUGCUGGCAAGAAAGUCUACGGACAACGCGAAAUGUCUGGCAUGUGCUCGACUUGCGGCGUCACUUUCGCAAACGCGCAGGACUUCUACGAGCAUCUCGAUGACUGCGUGCUUCGCGUCGUGCAGCAAGCGGACCCUUGCGAGGCCAUCAACCAGAAAUCGCUCUCUUCGGUCGCGGACGAUGCGCAAGUCCAAGAAACCAUGGAGCGCCAUUCCCUGCCUACCUCUAUUGACCCCAAUGCGCCAACCUCUUUCGAUCAGGACGAGGAUGCCGACGAGGAAGAGGACGACGGCGAAGACGACGAGGCCAACGACACUACGUACGGCGGUCGCUCAGCGAAGUCGGGCAAGGGCGCUAUCAAGUCGCGCAAAUCGGGUGUCUCUGGGCAGCACGUCGGGGGUGGCACUUACCUUACAACCAAUGGAGCGGUGAGCAAACCGAACGGGAUGCGGAAAGGGUUGACACGGUCACCCAACGGCGUUCCUCUUCCGGGUCCCGUGAGCGGCAAGGGCUCGAAGCGGAGAAAGAACUAUCCCUUGUCUUGGGGUGCGGCGCCGGAAAAGAUGAGGAUGAAGAAGCGGGUGUUGUGCGUGUAUGAUGGCCAGCGCCGUUUGUGGAAGGAUGAUAUGAUGCUCGAUGCUGACCAUGAGGUCCGGAUACCUUUGCAUGGAGUUGGUGAUGGAAGAGCCUGGAUUACAGAUUUGGAUGUGCAGACGCUGAGGCGUGCAGAAGGCCUUCAUAAUGCCACGGAGGAGGAGAAGGGGCCUUGGAUCGAUGAU